UCGGGCGAAGAUUUUUUAUCCCGUGGGUCAAGUGUCAGGUGGACAGACCUCUCUCCGCUCUGGCCUUCGACGUUGAUUGGGAACCACCCAUACAUUUUUGACAGCUUAUUGAUCGCUCGCGUCCGCCCGUCCUAAAAAUCUUCCAGGGCCUGGGGCCUGGCUCAUUAUUAAAGAAACGUAAAACGUACUACCCGUCUCCAGUGAAACGUCCCAGAUUAUGACGGAGAUGACAAGGAUGAUAAUGUUGUUGCUACGUCAUAUUGGUUUUCUUUGAUCUGAAAGUUUGAUCCCAGUAACCUUCCUAUCCCCCCCUCCCCCCCCCUUUUCCUCCCGUGGGUGCCUGUGUCUUGUUAAAGGCCUCACGGUAGCCAGCCCCUCGUUGGUGAGGGCCUGAGCCCAGUCCAGGGCAGCCAGUGAACAAACCAGUGGUCGACAAGUGACUCCCCAGACCGAACAAAUCGUCCAGCUCGUCCAGCAUGAUGGUGGAAGGCCUAGGCGAUGAAGUGGUCACGUUCUUCUCGUGCAUGGUGCUCAUCCUUAUCGGGGCCUUGUCUUGGUGGUCGUCCAACGUGCGCGAUAGCCACCCGCAGCCCACACCACCCGUGGCGCCCGCCACACCCGCUCACCCCGCGACGGACUCACCGGCGCCUCAUACCGAGUCCUCCGAUGCGUUGCCACCAGUCAACGCGGCGGAUUCGGACCCGUUGGCGUCGGCUGACCCGCCGAGUAGCGAUGAAGCCCAAGAUCAGGAUCGAGUUAGCAUUAAGCUCAAGUUUUUGAAUGAUAGUCACAAGGAGGUGCGGGCUUGUUUGGCCGAGAAAUUGGGCCGCUUCAAGUUGCGGCAUUUUGCUCCGGAUUUGGCGGCCAACAAGCGGGUGCGCUUU